AUGACUGAUAGCCUGCUCACACCACCAACAUCUCCCUCUCAUGAUACUGAGUCGGAGACAGAGUAUGCAAUCUACUUUCCGGACAGACAUCCGAGCCUGUUCGUAUCAUUCCUCGGAUCCGGACAUCAGGGCGCGGCUAUGCUAGUCCGCUCUGUUCUGAACGGUAAGCUGUACGUCCGCAAGCGGCAGGAUGAGGAUCAUUCAUGCCCGUCCCUUGAAGCCAACAACGAUUUCAAGCGUGCUCUUUGCCACCCUAAUAUCCCCAGGCUGCUCUCCCGCACCUCUCUCGCUGGCUCAAUUGACCGUGCAGGCACCGCCGACCUCUAUUCCUUCUGCAACGGUCGCGACCUCGGACAUCUGAUCGCAGCUGCCCCAGAGCCUCCAGGGCUUCCACCGCUCCUUAUCUACCAUCUGAUUCACACCCUGCUCAGCACCGCAAUCCACAUCCACGCCAACAACAUUGCUCACGGCGACAUCAUUCCCGACAACGUCUUCGUGCACUGGCCCGACCCCUCCAACGACCCUGCAGAGUCAUCACUUGAGUCCUACCUGCCAGAGUUCUUUCUGGGCGAUUUCGGCGUGGCAUAUUCCCUACCACCCAACGCCACCGCGCAGGAACAGCACGUCUUGCGAGAUACUCCCCAAGCAGUCCAGCGUGAUCUGAAGGGGAUUGCUAGCACGGUUGCAUAUGCCAUCAACGGCAAGAACUUCAACGAUCUGACAGUCCAGCCCGAAGCUCGCGAGCGCCUGAGGGACGAGGAUCCAGCGUUGUUACGUGCGUAUGAUACGUUGGUAGACCUGCCUCGCGUGCUGCAACGCUAUGGCGCGUGGCGGACAUGCGACGGAGCUAUGUUCACUCGUAUCGUCGGCGCGUACCUCAAGGAUCUGGAGCGUGCAAUGCAAAGCGAGUUGACUAACAUGGAAUCAGCCGAGGCUCUACUAACGCAGCUCCGCAGCCUCCGCCCCGGAAUCGCCGACGCAGAUCGUGUGCCCUACAUGGUGUCUGAACCAGCACUCCUUACGGAAGCAUGCUUCCAGCCGCCAGGUCCGUGGUCGGUAGCGGAAGUUGAUAACCGCGAGAUCAGCGCGCCUCUCGAGUCAUCAACGGUCCAAGCUGCCCCAUGUCCAGAUGCCAAUACCGCUUUCUACCGCAGCACAUCCGCCACCCCAGCACCUGCAUCAUUCCCUGCUGCCCCUCAUUACGCGAGCAGUUACCCGUCGUCUCAGUCCACGGACGAAGGUGGCACUACUCCGCGACCUCAACGCCAAGGCACAAAGCAUGGCCGUCCAGUGGACGAAGAAGACGAGACCCCUUCCAAGCGCCCUCGACUUCAAGACCAUCGCCUAAUCCGUCAGCUCUACAUCCCCAAAUAUCAUGUCGACAUGCUCUCGCUCGACACGCCAAGUCUUCUGUUACGCCUACAGAAUCACUUUCUUCGGUCUGCUGCCGCAUGGGAGGUGUAUGUGGGCUAUGACUUUGGUCGUCGCAGCGGAGGCUCGGGAGGGGAGUUACAGGGGAUCCACGAGAAGAAGGUGGCUGAAGGGGCGCUAUUGGGGACGACAAAGGAGGACAAGGCAAUCAAACUCUUGCCAACGCUGAUCAAUGAGAAGCUCUUGAGGGAGGCGAAGUUGUUCAAGAAAAAUUCGCAUAAGUUACGCUCGGGUGCUUGCUACCGACACAUGCUUCUGACAAUGAAUAUGCUUUUCGAAACCUCUGCACUGCCAUAUACGUUCCAUAAUGUCUUCCUUGAAUCAAUCUACCGUUGUGCUGGGUGA